UUAUCUUUGUUCCACGCGACACAUGUUCUCUCUCUCCCAGGGAAGAAGAAAUCUGAAACCCUCAGAGAGAAAGAGAAGUAAGAAACAUUCUGAACAACACCACCCCAUCCACGAUCUUCUCAUCCUUAAACUGUGUUGUGCGGAUCUCAGAUGAUGAUGUCUUCCGGGACAUCCUCGUACUGGUGCUACCGCUGCAGCCGCUUCGUCCGUGUCUGGCCCCACCACACCGUCGUCUGUCCCGACUGCGACGGCGGCUUCAUCGAAGAAAUCGAACACCCGCCCCGCUCCGUCCACCUCGACCCCCGACGCCACCGCCAUCGCUUCCCCGCUGCCGCCAUGUACAUGAUCGGACAACGACCCUCCUCCGACCCCCGCCCCGCCUCAUCCCUCCGCCGCACCCGCCGCAACGGCGGCGACCGCUCCCCCUUCAACCCCGUCAUCGUCCUCCGCGGCGGCGCGGAGGACGAAAGUCGCGGCUUUGAACUCUUCUACGACGACGGCACCGGUUCCGGCCUCCGACCCCUGCCACCAAGCAUGUCAGAGUUUCUUCUCGGAUCUGGCUUCGAUAGGCUUUUGGAACAACUCUCUCAGAUUGAGAUCAACGGUAUUGGAAGGUACGAGCACCCUCCUGCUUCAAAAGCAGCCAUUGAUUCAUUACCAACCAUCGAAAUCGAUGACACCCAUUUAGCCAUGGAAUCACACUGCGCGGUCUGCAAGGAAGCUUUUGAAACAAGCACUGCAGUUAGAGAAAUGCCAUGUAAGCACAUAUACCACCCUGAAUGCAUUUUACCAUGGCUCGCACUUCACAACUCUUGCCCCGUUUGUCGCCACGAGUUACCCGCAGAUACCCCAAAUCCAAAUCCAAAUCCAAAUUCGAAUUCGAAUUCGAAUUCGAACCAAAAUCCGUCACAAAAUGUUGGCUUGAACGAGGAAGAGAAUGUUGGGUUGACGAUUUGGAGGCUGCCCGGUGGAGGGUUUGCUGUUGGGAGAUUCUCCGGUGGAAGAAGUGGUGCUGAUAGAGAGCUUCCUGUGGUUUACACUGAAAUGGAUGGUGGGUUUAACAAUGGGGGGGGUGAGCCGAGGAGGAUUUCUUGGUCUAGAGGGAAUAGAGGGAGGGAGAGUGGAGGGUUGAACAGGUUUUUCCGCAAUUUGUUUGGUUGCUUCAGAGGAGGAAGUAGUAAUACUAGUAGUAGUGGUGGUGCUAGUGCUACUCAGCGUUCUGCUUCUAGUAGAGAGUCUAUGAGGGCGAGUUCCUCUCGUUCUAGUACUAUGGAUCUUUCGCCGCGGUCCCGCAGGACUUGGUCUAUGGAUGUAAACAGUGGGAUGAGAGCAUGGUAGUUGUUGUAAUGAGAUUGAUGACCUGAGUAAAAGGCUAAAAAUCUCAACUUUGUUUCUGGGGUUCCCCUGUACCGUAUCAUUGUCAUAGUGUACAUAAUGGGACUGAUUGAUCGAGGGUCGUCGAGGAUGCAAUGCAAUGCGAUGAUCAUGGGGUCUUGUGAUUGAUUCUCACAUUUUCAGGAUGUUGGGUGGGGGAACCGUUGUGUUAGCAAUAGGGGGAUAGGGGCAGGGAGUGGCAGCAGCAAUGGGAGAAAGUGAAACCAAUGGAGAGAAAUGAGAUUGAAGGAGAGGAGGGACUCGGGCUGUGAUUGUGAAGUAUUUGUGUAUCUUUGGAAUUUUUGGAGGGAGGGGAUAUAUGAUAUGAUGAUGAUCAUCGUGAACUUCAUUUUACUUUGAUAAUAUGAACUGAAGCAUCUUCGUAUUGUUUUUUCAUUCCAUGCUUUAUCUUUCUCGUCAUUGCUGUACUUCAGUUUAUGAUCCUUUAAAUUCAUGGUGUCGUUUUUUGUCAUUGGUUUUAUCAUACUGCUGCCUUGAAUUGAUUGUGUUGAUGCUGAGCUAUUUUACCUUGCUACAAUUUGUAUAGUUUCCUACUACUAGCCAAACAAUCGAUUCUUGGAUUCUAAACAAA